AUGGACGAUCUCGCAAACCUCGAGUUCCUGUCGCUCGUCUCCAAAGUCACGUCCGAAAUUCAGAACCACGUCGGCGUAUCUGACAAGACGCUUGCCGAGUUCGUCAUCGAUCAACAUGCGAAAUGCAAAGGCGUCACAGACUUCAAGAACCAGCUGGAGGUCAUGGGCGCCGAGUUCCCCCAGAGUCUGGUCGAGAGCAUCGACCGUCUCAUCCUGACGCUUCACCCAAAGUACAAGAACAAGAGCGCAAACGGGAAAGAAUCUGGCGCAAACGGAGAGAAUGGCGGCGAUGCGACGGACCGGAAAACGCGUGUCUUCAAGGGCCUGGCGAUUCCCGACAAGGAUGUGGACUACGAGGUAGCAGACGAAGAGUCCGAGAAGGAUGCGCCGCAAGCCGACGCGCUGGACGACACCUUUGCGAUGCUGGAGGGCCUGGCAGGGAAGGCGCCAAGCAGCAAGCCCAAGGAGAGGUCGCGGAAAAGAAGCAUGAGCCCAUACGACAGCGACGACGACAUGAGCAGGAGCAAGCGACACAGGCGGAGGGAUAGGUCAUACUCUCGCUCGCGGUCCAGGAGUCCGCGGCGAAGGGGGCAACAGAACGACGAGCUGGUUUUCGAAGAUGAAUUUGGGCGUACGCGCACCGUCAAACCGAACAACAAGCAACGAAGCCGCAAGAAGUACCGCGACGAAGAUCUCGACGAGUUCCGACGGCCACCCACUCCCGAGCUCGACGACGAGCCUGUGCUAUACAAAGUAUACGAUGGCAAGGUUACAGGCGUCAAGGAUUUUGGCUGCUUCGUCAACCUGCAAGGCGUCAAAGGCAAGGUCGACGGGCUGGUGCACGUCACGCAGAUGAUGGAAGGGCGGGUCAACCACCCAUCCGAUCUCGUGUCGAGAUGGCAAGAAGUCAAGGUCAAGGUCAUCAAGAACGAGAACAACAGGAUUUCGCUGUCGAUGAAAGAGGUGGACCAACGGACGGGUCAAGAUCUUGCUCCCGGCAAACGCAUAGCAUCCUUUGGAACAGGCGCAAACUCUCAGGGACUCGGGGGAAUACCGGGCUUUGACAGUGCGGUGCCUGUUGUAGAGGAUGGCUUCAACAGUCGCAAGAAUGGUAUGCGGAAGCGCAUGACGUCUCCGGAACGGUGGGAAAUCAAACAGCUCAUUGCUUCUGGCGUGAUACCGAAAUCAGACUAUCCCGACAUCGACGAGGACUUCAACGCGCACAUCAACGGCGAGGGUGGCUUCGAAGAAGAGGAGGAUGUCGACAUUGAAGUUCGUGAAGAGGAGCCGCCCUUCUUGGCCGGCCAGACCAAGCAAUCACUGGAGCUUUCACCAAUCCGGGUUGUCAAGGCGCCCGAUGGCUCGCUCAAUCGCGCUGCGAUGGCUGGCGAUACGCUGGCAAAGGAACGCCGCGACCUCAAACAACAAGAAGCCCAAGAAAAGGCCGCAAAGGAGGCUGCGAACGUCGACUUGAGUAGUCAGUGGAAUGAUCCCAUGGCUCAACAACGACAGUUUGCAAGCGACCUGCGCAACACUCGAACGAAUGAGCCCAGCCAGGCCCUGCCGGAAUGGAAGAAGAUCUCCACGAACAGCAAGGAAACCUCAUUCGGCAAACGUACAAAUAUGAGCAUCAAGGAGCAGCGAGAGUCACUGCCUGUGUUCAGGUUUAGGAACCAGCUUCUUGAGGCUGUUGCAACCCAUCAGAUUCUGAUUGUCGUCGGUGAUACUGGAUCUGGAAAGACCACACAGAUGACCCAGUAUCUGGCUGAAGCUGGCUAUGGCAACGAGCUGGUUAUCGGAUGUACUCAGCCCAGGCGUGUGGCAGCUAUGAGUGUUGCCAAGCGUGUUGCUGAAGAGGUUGGCUGCGCUCUUGGUAACGAGGUUGGCUACACCAUUCGAUUCGAAGACAAGACUUCACCCGACACCCGCAUCAAGUACAUGACGGACGGUAUCUUGCAGCGUGAGAUUCUGUUGGAUCCCAUGCUGUCAAAGUACAGCUGUAUCAUGCUUGACGAGGCCCACGAACGCACAAUUGCCACAGACGUCUUAUUCGGACUGCUGAAGAAGACGCUCAAACGACGCCCGGACAUGAAGCUUAUAGUGACCAGUGCCACCCUCGAUGCCGACAAGUUCUCUGAAUACUUCUACAAGUGUCCUAUAUUCUCGAUUCCAGGUCGAACCUUCCCGGUAGAGGUCAUGUACAGUAAAGAGCCGGAGUCUGACUACCUGGACGCGGCGCUGGUCACGGUCAUGCAGAUCCACUUGACGGAGCCAGCCGGUGACAUUCUGCUCUUCCUGACAGGUAAAGAGGAGAUUGACUCUUCCUGCGAGAUUAUAUCAGAGCGCAUGAAAGCCUUGGGUCCGAACGUCCCGGAGUUGAUGAUUCUGCCCAUCUACGGUGCCUUGCCGUCCGAGGUAGCCUCUCGUAUCUUCGAGCCCGCCCCCAACGGAACCCGUAAAGUCGUCAUCGCCACCAAUAUCGCCGAGACCAGUCUGACUAUAGACGGCAUCUACUACGUCGUCGACCCGGGUUUUGUCAAACAAAGUUCGUAUGAUGGAAAGCUGGGAAUGGACCGUCUACAGAUCACCCCCAUCUCGCAAGCCCAGGCUCGCCAGAGGAGUGGACGAGCAGGUAGGACAGGACCAGGAAAGUGUUUCCGUCUGUACACCGAGGCCGCGUUCCAGAAUGAGAUGUUGCCGACUACCAUUCCGGAGAUCCAGCGCCAGAACUUGUCGAACACGAUUUUGAUGCUCAAAGCGAUGGGCAUCAACGACCUGCUGCACUUUGACUUUAUGGAUCCACCGCCUACCAACACCAUGUUGACUGCCUUGGAAGAGUUGUAUCAGCUGGGCGCGCUGGACGACGAGGGUCUGCUGACGCGUCUUGGUCGACAGAUGGCAGACUUCCCGAUGGACCCGUCCCUGUCAAAGUCACUCAUCAAAUCUGUCGAGCUUCAGUGCUCAGACGAGAUUCUGACCAUUGUGGCCAUGAUCAGCGCAACCCAAAACGUUUUCCACCGUCCGCGUGACAAGCAACAACAGGCCGACCAGAAGAAGCAGAAGUUCAACGACCCCUCUGGCGAUCACAUAACCCUUCUCAACGUGUACAACGGCUGGAAGCAGGGAGGAUUCAGCACGCCAUGGUGCCAUGAGAACUUUGUCAUGCCGAAGAACAUGCAGCGCGUGCGCGACGUCCGAAAUCAGUUGCUGCAGAUUAUGGCACGACACAAACACCAAGUCGUGUCGUGUGGCCGCAACACGAUCAAGGUCCGACAAGCUCUGUGUUCAGGCUUCUUCCGCAACUCGGCGCGCAAAGAUCCUGCCGAGGGCUACAAGACGCUUGUUGAGGGCACGCCAGUCUACCUCCAUCCCUCUUCUUCACUGUUUGGCAAGCCUGCUGAACACGUUAUAUACCACUCUCUUGUCGAGACGACGAAGGAGUAUAUGCAUUUCUGCAGUGCUAUCGAGCCAAAGUGGCUUGUCGAAGCGGCGCCGACGUUCUUCAAGGUCGCGCCAACGGACAGACUGAGCAAGAGGAAGAAGGCCGAGAGGAUACAGCCUCUGCACAACAAGUUUGCAGGUGAAGACGACUGGAGAUUGAGUGCACAGAGGAGGGCUGAGGGAGACCCUGACGACGAGAUUAUCGGAGCACGGGUACCAGGGAGGCGCACGAAUGCCCCGCGAACAGACAUCCCCAAGGUAGUGGACGUGACUGGAGAGACGUUAUCGCUGCGGUUCCAGGAGUUCCUCGAAAACUACACAGAAGAUCCCUCGUCGUCGGCUCUUCCCGCCUCGAGUGCCGUGCCCACCACAGACAAAUACUACAUUGCCCAAAUACGGGGCAUGCGACUGUACGGACUGUCCACUCUCUACGUCGACUACACACAUCUCCUCAGACACGAAGAUGGCAUUCUGGCCGCGGCCAUUGCGAGUGAAUACUACCGCUUCCUGCCGUACAUGGUCCGGUCGCUCCACAACCUCAUCGCAAAGUACGAGCCCAAGUACUUCCGCCAGCACAAGCAGCCCGCCUCGACUGCCUCUGCAGCCGGCACCUCGAGCGCUGGCAACGCCACAAGCCAGAACGAGAGUCUCAACGAGAAGACGUCGAACCAGCAGACUGACAAGCUGUUCACCCUGGCCUUUUACAACCUGCCUCUUGUGUCCCGUAUUCGCCAGCUACGCACCACAUCAAUCGGCAGCUUGCUCUCCAUCUCUGGCACUGCGACCCGAACAUCUGAAGUUCGGCCAGAGCUUUCAAUGGCCACCUUUGUCUGUGAGAUCUGCAACACCGUCGUGCCGAACAUCGAACAGACUUUCAAGUACACAGAGCCGACACAGUGUCCCAACAUAACUUGCAUGAACAGGGAGGGCUGGCGUCUCGAUAUCAGGCAAUCAACUUUUGUGGAUUGGCAAAAGGUGCGCAUCCAGGAGAACAGUUCAGAGAUUCCCACUGGCAGCAUGCCCCGAACAAUGGAUGUUAUCCUUCGUGGAGAGAUGGUGGAUCGGGCAAAGGCUGGCGAGAAGUGUAUCUUUACGGGCACAGUGAUUGUCAUCCCAGACGUGAGCCAGUUCCGCGUACCUGGUGUGCGCCCCCAAGCAAUGAGGGAUACCGCAAACACCACGCGAGGCAACGAUGUCGGUGGGUCAGGUGUCAGCGGUCUCAAAGCUCUUGGUGUGCGCGACCUGACAUACCGCAUGUCUUUCCUGGCGUGCAUGGUCUCGCCAGAUCACUCUACUCCCGGACAAACCUCAAACCACCAUCUGACAGGCCAGGCGAGCAACAUUCUCGCAUCUCUUGGCCAAGGACAGAUUGAGUCAAACGCGACAAGCGGCGAGGAGGCACAGGAAGAGUAUCUCGGUACGCUGACUGCUGCGGAGAUUCAGGAUCUCAAGGAUAUGGUGCACAAGCCCAACAUCUUCAUGCGACUGGUCGACUCGAUAGCACCCAUGGUCUACGGCCACCAAGUCAUCAAGAAGGGUCUCCUGCUGCAACUGAUGGGCGGUGUAUCAAAAGAGACACCCGAGGGUAUGGCGUUGCGUGGAGACAUCAACAUCUGCAUCGUCGGCGAUCCGUCAACGUCCAAGUCACAGUUCCUGAAGUACAUUUGCAGCUUCCUUCCUCGCGCCGUCUACACCUCUGGCAAGGCUUCUUCAGCUGCUGGUCUUACAGCCGCGGUAGUCAAGGACGAGGAGACUGGAGAGUUCACGAUCGAGGCCGGUGCUCUCAUGCUGGCUGACAACGGUAUCUGCGCCAUCGACGAGUUCGACAAGAUGGAUAUUGCCGAUCAAGUCGCUAUCCACGAAGCUAUGGAACAGCAGACAAUCUCGAUUGCUAAGGCCGGCAUCCAGGCCACCCUCAACGCCCGAACCUCUAUCCUUGCUGCGGCUAAUCCUGUCGGUGGACGCUACAACCGCAAGACAACGCUGCGUGCAAACGUCAACAUGUCUGCGCCCAUCAUGUCUCGUUUCGAUCUUUUCUUCGUCGUACUGGAUGAGUGCGACGAGGCAGUCGAUCGCCAUCUGGCUGAGCACAUUGUUGGUAUUCACCAGCACAGAGACGAAGCUGUAGACCCUGAGUUCAACACUGAGCAAUUGCAACGCUACAUCCGCUUCGCGAGGACCUUUAGGCCAGAAUUUACCGAUGAGGCAAGGGAGACACUAGUCGAGAAGUACAAGGAGCUACGAGCAGACGAUGCACAAGGUGGCAUCGGCCGCAACAGCUACCGUAUUACUGUCCGACAACUCGAGAGUAUGAUUCGUCUCUCGGAGGCUAUUGCAAAGGCCAACUGCGUCAGCGAUAUUACCCCCGAGUUUGUCAAAGAAGCCUACAACCUCCUCCGCCAGUCUAUCAUCUCGGUCGAGAAGGACGACGUCGAGGUUGAAGACGACGAUGAUGAGGCGUUGCUUGCUGCAGCGGCCGCAGCAGAACAGGAGGCCGAUGCGCCAAUGGACGAUCAGCAAGACGCUUCUAGAGACCGAACAGCGACACCAGCCGUCGCGCCACGCGAGAAGACCAAGAUCACGCACGACAAGUACGUCGCUAUGCGCAACAUGUUUGUCAAGCGCGUCAACGAGGACCAAGAAGAGACACAAGACGGCGUCGAAGAGGAAGAGCUGCUCAUCUGGUACCUUGAGCAGAAGGAGAAUGAAAUGGAGACGCAAGAGGAUCUGGAGAAGGAGAGGACACUUGCGAAGAAGGUGCUGAAGAAGGUCGUCAAGGAGCAAUACCUCAUGUUGAUCCGGGGUGAAGGACUUGCAGACGAACAGGGCCAAGGUGAGGGCAACGACAAGGCAGUCUACGUGCUGCAUCCAAACUGCCCGAUUGAGGACAUUGCCUAG